AUGCGACUAUGGAACUUUCGAUCCACGGGAACCCUGCUGUCAUACCAAAGGCUGCGUAAACGAGCCGCCGGUGAUGUAGUCUGUGGUUUCGUACAAAAGUUUUUCUUGGCCCAGGUGUAUUCAGCUGUGACAGGGCAAUAUAACGGAAUGUUUUCUGCUCUGUUCGCAGUCCAAUGUUUUGCUUCAGCCCCAAUCACUUUGACCGAGGAGGUCAGGAAAUUUACCAUCAAUAUUCCCACUGCCUCACAACUUGGAUAUCAAGCUGCUGUGGAGGGUAUUGUUCUCCUGAAGAACGACGGUUCUCUGCCGCUCUCAAGUAGCAUCAACGAUAUUUCUCUGAUCAGCCCCUGGACAAACGCAACCACCCAGUUGCGGGGUACUAAUCACUUUGGUGUUGUUCACUAUCUGCAUCAGCCUUGUCGCGGCCUGUUGGGCACCAACAUUCCAUUUAACGAUACGAGUGAAUUUGCUGCUGCUGCAAAGGAGGUAGACAUCUACGUUGGGGAUAUCGAUCUCACCAUUGAGGCCGAGGUCACGGACCGCUACACGAUUACUUGGCCCGGCGACCAGCUCGACCUUAUUGCUCAGCUUCAGAUGAUAGGCAAGUCUUUGUUUAUGUACACGGAAAGCUAUGUCAACGAGAUCACCGUGACCAUGACGGGUAUGAACCUCCGUCCCAAUAAACGGACAUGCCUUUGGAUAUGGCGAGCCCAGAGUGCAUUUUAUUACAAAUGGGUGCCAUCCCCCGCACCACCAUACAGCAUCCAGGCUCUCGUUGACGGGGGGGAGGGGAAGUAUGCUGCGUACUCGGAUGACCCACCGCUCGCUGUCAGUGUAACAGACUCCGGAAAAUCUGCCGAUUACACUCCAAGAGCAGAUAUCAAUGGCGAUUUUUGCCCUGGCCCUGGCCUUGAGGAUCACCAUGAAACGAUGGGAUUUCGCGGUAAGCAAGGUACAGACGAUAUGAAAUUGAUGUCCCGAGAGACCCUAGCAUAUAUCAAAUCCUUAUUCUUUUCCCGCAAUACACGGUGUAUGAACUCGUCACUAGACCAAUUCGCAUUGCUCAGAGUCGGAAGCGAAGUAUCAUUAAAGGACCGACGUUGGGAUCAGUUAUUUCAUGAACCUGACCCCAAAGCAACUAAAUUGGAGUAUGAAAAAUUAGAUCUUUGGCACAUUGCAAAAUGA